GAAUCUAUGAUCUGGUUGGUUCAGGAGCAGCGCAACUCCUCUCCGGUCGGCUGUGACGGCUUCCGCCGCUGCAGGUUCCCUUGUGCCUUGUGCUCCGCGGACCGUCUUAUCCCCACCUAUUCCGAGUAUGGCGGAAUCCUACCCUUCGACUGGGUCCUCCCGCCACGGGUGAGCAAGCACCGUGUCUACUCGAAUUUCCCUCGCGAGUACCUCCUUGUCGACAUUCAGUCGAUUGUUCCCGUAUCACGCGUAUGGUUCUAGAGUUCGAUAUGCUGGUGAACCGAAGUUCAUUCUCCUAUAUACAUAGCCAGCCCUGCUAGCAUUAUUGCAGAAAACUGAUUGACAUGGCGACAUUCCGCCCACUGCAACCUGCGCCGAUGGAUCAAGAACAGUCCCCUCAACCGCAAAGCAGGCCCUUGACUCAGAAGCCGAAAAGGACUGUAACGUUGGGGGCAUGUGCCGCCUGUCGCAAACGCAAAUCAAAGUGCGAUGGGCUCCGUCCAACAUGCAGGUGCUGCGCCCUCAAAGAGACUGACUGUGUCUACGACGUGGGACCCCACGAAAAACCAUUGCAGGCGAUGAAGCGCAAGAACGAAGAGAUGCAAGGGGAGCUGUCCAAUCUGCGGGAACUGUAUGAUUUCCUGCGCUUUAGGCCGGAGCAAGAAGCCCUUGAAAUAUUGCGGCGUAUCAGGCAGAGUGACCCAGACACCAAUCCUUCGCAACACGUCCGGGAGCUUGCCGAUUCCGUUCGUUAUGGUGGUCUUUCCGUUGAAAACCAGCAGCCCGCGACCGUGCCGGAACAACUAGAAGCGGCUAUGCUACCGUCAAUACGUGCUACGCUCCAGUCUGUCGACUUUGAACAUCCGUCAUUUGCAAACACUCCGCGCUUCCCUCACAGCAUUCUUGGGCGAGAUCUAGAGAUACCCAUGAGCCAGAAGCGUCGAUAUGUACCUCCAUUGAAUGUCUCGGCUCGUGUAGCCGCUAACUCAGGCUCAUCUUCUCGCAGUCCAAUGGACACAAUGUCAGAGCAAUCCGUGGCCUCACAGGCUAGUGAUCCAAGGCUCAGAUUAGCAAUCAAUUGGACAAGCGUGACAGACGAUGCAGAUUUUGCUGCCCAUCUGUUAACUCAAUGGCAUAGGUGCGAAUACAGAUAUUAUCAUUUCUUGGAUUGGAACCUGUUCCUGGAGCACAUGGCCAGUGGCAAGAAAGCCUUCUGCUCAGAACUUCUUGUCAAUACGGUAUUGGCUGCUGCAGGUUUUCACUCGCCGCUAGUCAAAGACAGAUCCAAACCAUUCACCGACAAUGCCAUCACCUACUUCUACAACGAGGCGAGACGGCUAUGGGACGCUGAGACUACUCGCAUCAGUUUACCGAGACUUCAAGCUGCCAUGAUCCUUUUCCUCGUACUUGGUAAAAAUGGCAGAGAUAAAGACGGCCAUCAAUUUCUCCUCGAAGCUUGUCAAAUGGCACGUGAACUGGGCCUCGCUGAGUCUGAACAUACCGCAGCGGCGCAAUGUCCGGUCGAUGUGAGUCAGGAUGACUGGUCAAGAGUGCGAGCAGUGACGGCUUGGAGCCUGUUCAACUUCCAAAUGUCAAUGUCCUUCACCUAUUCAAUCCCAGUCAUUUUAACAUCACCGCCGCCGGACAGCAUUCCAGGUCAUAGUGCGGAUCAUGAAGAAGUGCUAUUUCGGUCUGAAUGCGCUCGGCAAGUCAUAAUGUUGGAUGUCUCCAAGGUGCUGUCAGAGAUCGAUAUCGAAGCUGGACCUGCUGCCUCGUCGUUUGGAAAAGUGGAUGAUUUGUACCUCCGUUUGAAGUCGUGGUGGAACGACAGACCCGCCGCGCUCGACCCCAGCAUCCACACUUCACCAGAGAAUCUUCUUUUUGCCAUGAUCUACCACACCUCCACCAUCCGCCUCAUGCGGCCCUUCCUCCGCCAGAAUUCAACCAAAGAAGUUCCCUCUCCACACGCACCACGCGCCCAAUCCAUCUACUCAACCUCUCUAAAAUCCCUCCGCCGCCUCCUCACCCUCCACGAAGUCCACCACGGCUGGCAAAACGCAAUCACCUUCAUCCUGCACCCCGUCGUCAUCACCAGCUUCGGCUGCCUCGACGAAAUCGCCGCCGAUAAGCCGUCCCACCUAUCCCUCGAGAUGCACGAGUCGUAUCUCGGACUCUUGACGUGCCUGCGAGCGGUCAGCGCCAUAUCGGGAUUCAUAUACUACGCGCAGCCGCUGCUUCGGUUGCUCACGCAGGCGUGUCUGGCGCUUGAUGUGAGGUUGCCGAGGGAGAUUACGGAGGCGGUGGAGAGGUAUAGGAGUGAGGAGUGGACGAGGGAGGCGAGGAGCUUGGUGAGGAGUACGUAUGUGGCUGAUACGCGGGAUGCGGUGGAGGAUUUGGAGGCGAGGAGGAUGGAUGCGGUGAUUGCGCAGUGGGAGGCUUUUACGUUUGGGAAGGGGAAAGGGAAGGAGAGGGAGAGGGAUACAGAGGAAGCGUGAAGUAGACGUGGGGAAGGAAGGGACGGAUCGUCUUGCCGUGGGUUUACUGGAGAAGGGGUACCGCUGCGCAGUGGUUGUUGAGAGGUGUUCAGAUCAUGGGAUGGGUGUUGAGGCGAGGACCACGAGUGUUGUUUGCUGCAUGUUGCAUUAAUGCAGUUGCCGGUUUUAU